AUGGAAAUCAAUCCAGCCAAGCCAGAGACCAAAACGAUAUGCGCGACCGAUCACGCCGGCACUCAAACCGUGGCGGCAGUGGUCGACACAAUUCCCGCCGUGGAUCGUAUGAAAGCCAGCAGAAUUUUUCAAGCCCACAGCACAGGGAGCCCAGCGCAAUGUCUCUCCCCUCCUCCAACUCAAUCCCGGGAGGUCGCAGAGACUGUGCAACCAAAUGGCGAGACUGUGACGACCCAGCCGAACCCUUCCUCGGCACCAAGCACGCCGGCCGCGCAGUCGCAGACACAACAUCAAUCUCACACCGAAUCCGAACCACCUGUGAGGCAAUCAUCCGUUACAUGCCCUCCAUAUGACUACGAGUAUGUCACGGACACGAUCGUACAGGAAUGGUCGUCGACAGGAAAGCAAAAAGUCGUGGAGGAAGGAACUUCGGCUCGGGUGCAAGAGAAUCUCGCCGGUCUAGCUUCGAUCUACCAGGAGCUCAUCAGAUCUGCGAUUUACGGAAGACUGUCACCUUCGGAGGCAGGAACAGCUGUCAAAGAGAUUAUUGGCGAUAACUUUGCAAUAGAGAAUGUGGAACUGGAGAGCAAAGAAGCCAAAGCUUCACCUUCCGUUUUUGAUCCACGUUCUUUGUUCCUCGAUACCCUUUCUAUCAUCACCGACUCCGAUACCUCCAAUGUCGCACUCAAACCUCUUGUUUUUGCGACUUCGAUUUCUCCUGCUCUAAUGCGACUCCAACUUGACACCCCUUUGUUGCAAUCCCUAGGAUUGGUUCGUGAGACCUUUGCCCGCAUGGGAAUCCGCAAGCAAACCAAUCUGCUCUAUCGUCAAUCCAACUAUAACCUUCUCAGAGAAGAGACAGAGGGAUACUCGAAACUUCUCACUGAGCUCUUCGCCACAAGCGGCAAUGAGCCGCCAUCGAGCGAAGUGGUCGAAGAUACCUUCGAAAGGGUAAAGGCCAUGAUUGGCGCCUUUGACAUGGAUGUUGGUCGAGUUUUAGAUGUGACAUUGGAUGUGUUCGCUGCCGUGUUAGUCAAACAAUUCCGGUUCUUCGUGAAGUUGUUGCGAGUCAGCUCCUGGUGGCCCAAAGAAAAUGAGACUACGCGAGAGGCCCUGCACAACUUCGGAUUGCCAAAUUGGGCUCUCCCAGGCUCUACAGGCUGGAUCACGACAGAUGAGGAACAAGCCGCCAUUAUGAAGUCAAAUGAGGAACGCGAUCGAAAGUUCUGGGAUCGAGUGCGAGAGGUUGGUAUUCAAGCUUUCUUCGAGAUUGGGCACAAGUCAAUUUCGAAGGAAGAGCGACUUCAAUUGCUUGCAGAGAAUAAUAAUUUAUCUGAAGAAGAAGCAGCAACAAGGACAUGGAUUCAAGAGACAGGAACAUUACCACCAAAGGGCAAUCGUGUGGCAGCUCAGCUUCUCGGAUUUAAAUUGCGAUUCUACGCCUCUUCUGUUCGUUCCAAGGACGAUGUGCUGCCAGAUACCCUCAUCUAUUUAUCUGCACUGCUCAUCAAAGUGGGCUUUAUUUCCCUGCGCGACCUCUAUACUCACCUCUGGCGACCUGAUGAGAUGAUGGAGGAGCUAAAGACUGAGAAGAUGACCGAAAAAGCGGAGAGAGAAAAGGCUGCUCGGCCAGGUGGCGGAAUCAACGCUCUUAUGCUUGCAGGUGCGCUUUCAGACGACACGGUUCCUCCCCAGCGUCUUCGCGAAGACUCGCGCAAGGCUACUCCGUCAAAGGACCAAGAGGCCGACAAACAGUCUGCCAAGACAGAGAAUGAUCUACCAGACCCGGUUGACCAGAAAGUCUUGCUGCUUAAAAGUCUUCUUUUACUUGGUGCCGUUCCCGAGGCUCUCUUUAUCAUAAGCAAGUUCCCUUGGUUGAUGGAUGGCUUCCCUGAGCUUCCUGACUUCAUCCACCGCAUUCUUCACCAUUCGUUGAGUAAGGUCUACUCACCACUCCGCCCCCUCUCAGGGAAAGACCUUGCCGGCCAGCGACAAAUUCUGAGCAAUGACCAGUCUGGUCUGCCGAAGGGCCAGAUUCGACUUGCCCAGCCAUCGGCGAAACGGACGCUUCGAUGGGCUAAAAUCGACACAGACGACGAGAAUGAAGGUAUUGCCUACCGAUUUUAUUGGGACGAAUGGUCAAACAACAUCCCAGUCUGUCAGUCCGUGGAUGAUGUCUUCGCCCUCUGCUCCUCUUUCCUAAAUCUCUCUGGUCAUAAGAUUGGACAGGACGCGAGCUUGCUCUCGAAACUAGCGCGUAUCGGCAAAGACAGUCUGUCUAAAGACACUUCUGAAGAAAACAAAUCUCGCUGGCGGGAUCUCUGCAAGCGCCUUUUGUUGCCUUCUGUCAGUUUGACUAAAGCCAAUCCGGGUGUCGUAAACGAAGUGUUCGACCUUCUCAGUUUCUUCCCUCGCGAGGUUCGAUACAACAUGUACGCAGAAUGGUACUCUGGCCAGACAUCCAGAGUGCCCGACAUCAAGUCUGCCUUUGACCAGGCGAGGGCGGAGACCAAGGACGUCCUGAAGCGACUGAGCAAGACCAACACCAGGCCCAUGGCUCGCGCACUGGCCAAGAUUGCUUACGCUAAUCCCGGAAUUGUCAUCAACGUCGCCAUCAGCCAGAUUGAAUCGUACGAGAAUCUCAUCGAGGUUGUCGUCGAGUGUGCGCGCUAUUUCACUAAUCUGGGCUACGAUAUUUUGACUUGGUCUCUCAUCAACUCACUUGGCCAGAAGGGAAGAAGCCGCGUGCAGGAGGGCGGUUUGCUUACUAGUCGUUGGCUGAACGCCCUAUCCACUUUCGCUGGCCGAGCUUUCAAGCGAUACUCAAUUAUGGAUCCUACCCCGUUGCUGCAAUAUGUUGUGGAGCAACUGCGUCACAAUAACUCCACCGACCUGAUUGUUUUGGAACAAAUGAUUGUAUCCAUGGCUGGCAUCAUCACAGACAACAACUUCAAUGAUGCUCAAGUCCAAGCCAUGGCUGGUGGAGAAAUACUCAAGGCACAGACAAUUUUACAGCUCUUGGACAAGCGACACGAGUCCAAGACCACCUCGAAGCGACUGAUUAAGUCGCUUACCCACACUCGCCUCGCAGGUCAAUUACUCGUCGCCAUCGCCCAGGAACGUUUGACAUGUGUCUACAAUGAGCCUUCAUCGGAACUCAAACUUCUUGGGAAUAUCUUCGACGAAAUCCACCGAAUCCUCACCCAAUACUUGGACCUACUACGGAGUAAUCUGUCCAUUGAAGAGUUUGACUCUUUCGUGCCUGAUUUUGCCGCCCUAGUCAAAGAUUUUGGCGUUCAACCCGAGAUUGCUUUCUGGAUUCGCCGAGCCAGCAUUUCCAAGAAGAUUGCCGAGACUGAAUCAUCUAAGGUGGAGACAGAGUCAACGACGAAAGAGAUCACCGAGACUCCACCUCAGCCUAGUGAUGAGAAUCAGAUGGACACUGCAGACGACGGUGAUAGAACUCCGAAGGUCGACCAGAUUACCACCGAGAGAGAGAUGAACAUCGACAAAGAAGAAGUCACCGCUGCGCCUCUAUCGUCCAACCCCGUGAUGCAAGACCUGAUUAACAACGUCAAGACUGCUUUGCCUGCCGAAACAUGGGAGGUCAUUGGUCCCCACUUCUAUGCAACCUUCUGGCAGCUGGAUCUUUACGAUGUCCACGUGCCAGGCCAGUCCUACGAUGAAGAAAUGGGACGGCUGAAGAAACGAAUCAUGACCAUCUCCAACGACCGGUCUGAUCUGAGUUUAGCUGGCUCCCAGCGCAAGGACAGAGACAGGAAGGCUAUUACUGAUCUCCGCGAUCGACUUCUGCAGGAAAACAGAAAUCAUCUGACUGCAUACAGCCAGACUCGCUCUCGCUUGUUGAAGGAGAAGGACCAGUGGUUCGCCGGAAUGCGCCUCAAGCACGACGCCCUGAACAUUGCUUUACUAGAGCAGUGCUUCCUCCCUCGACUGCUUUUAUCACCACUCGAUGCCUUCUUCUGUUUCAAGCUGUUGAAGUUUUUGCACAGCUCAGGGGCUCCCAACUUCCGAACUGUUGGCCUUCUCGAUCAACUCUUCCGCGAGCAAAGACUCACAGCACUGAUCUUUUUAUGCACAUCCAAAGAAGCCGACAACUUGGGACGCUUCCUCAAUGAAGUUUUGCGUGAUCUCUCUCGCUGGCAUGCCGACAAGGCUGUAUAUGAAAGAGAGGCCUUUGGCACCAAGAAAGACCUUCCUGGAUUUGCAAAGAACGUUGGACCCGAGGGCGUGCCCCUGGCCUUCCUGGAGUUCGAAGACUUCCGCCGUCUUCUCUACAAGUGGCACCGCCUAUUCUCCGUUGCUCUCAAGACCUGCCUUAAUAGCGGCGAGUACAUGCACAUUCGAAACGCGAUCAGUGUUCUCAAGGCAAUUGUCCAGCACUUCCCUGCCGUGAAUUGGAUCGGACGUGACAUGCUGAACUGUGUCAACGCACUGAGUAAGAAUGACGAGCGAGACGACGUCAAGAUUCCCGCGGCAUCCUUGAUCGGUGAUCUUAACCGCCGUGAGAAGAAGUGGAUGCUCCCUCAAGCAUUCAAUAUGGUCAAAACCGGGGCUGGCAAUCAGCCGCCUGCGGAUGGCAAGAGUGGAACUCCGCAGCCAGGAAGCGGGACUCCCAAUUCACUCAAUGCUUCUGCUCCAGAAUUCAAGCCUACGUCCGGACAACCUGGCGACGGAUCAGCCAGCCAAGAAGGAUCUGGCAAGAUGGAGGUGGAGGAUGGUGAGAUUGAGGAUGCGAAAAUGGCCGAUGCAGCUUCCCUCAAGGGGCUGGAAGAUGCAAAGGCAGCGGAGCCUGGUACCGAUUCUGGAACUUCCACGGCUAUGGAUUUAGGUAACGACGAGCGGCCUGAUAUCCGUGGGCAGCUCGAACCUCCUGUGCGACCUCGGCCAGGCUCUCGAGCCUCCGAUUCGGCUCGCCCAUCUGAUAUCCCGCGACGACCGGACCCUGAACGUUCAACAUCACGUCGUCAACAGCCAGGCCGUCCUCCACACGGUGACGGCAGACUUCCUCCACGCCCUGACCUGAAAGUGGACGACCGACGCGACAGGCUUUCUGAUUUCAACCCGCGUACUCGUCAUGCAAACCCUGACUCUCGCUCCUUCGAUACUCCAAAUGUCCGCGAUCGCUUUGGUAUGAGACCUCUGCCAGACGAUCCAAUGCGCGGUCCCCCUUAUCGUGACAGCCGUCUGCCACGAGAGCCAGAGUGGAGUAAUGAUCGCCCUGGCCGUCUGCGUCCUGAUCCAUUCCAUACCCGCGACGGACCAGCUCGUGAUGACCUUAUGCCUGACUUCGCCGACCGCCCCGGCGACGGUCCCCGUCGUGGAGAGCCGAUGCGGCCUGACCGGCCUCCGCGUCCUUUGUCGCCUCCCAGAUCCGAUCUCCCCAAUCGGCCCGACCGUCGAGGGGCCAACUUCACCCAGCUUUCUCCUCGCGAUGAAUUCCCUCGAGGUCCACGAGACCGUGCUGCUGAUCCGAGAGAUGCCGGCCCUGGCCCUGACUUGACUCACGGCCGGCUGCGCCAACCUGACGCUCAAUCCGAGAUCCCAUCCGGGCCACGGGGCUCGAGGAACCCUCGUGGCCGCAAUGCGUCUGGUCGCCCGCCCAAUGGCAAAGCACCAACUCCCGAACGCCAGGUGCCCACGGGCCCUGCCCGACAAGGUGGGCGCGGCGGUCCCGAGCAGUCCCCUGCCACCCCUGCCCCUGCUCCUCCCUCCGAAGCUUCCAUUGCACUCGGUAUCCACCCUGAUAGAGUCCGCAAUAUCGUUGACGACACGCCAUCUCAGCAAAGCCCGCCAGCUGCCAUGACACCUCCCUCUGGCCCUGAGGGGCGUGACAAGCGCUUUGCCGGUAUCAACAAUAUGCUCCAGCAGACAAACCCUGCUGAGCGAAGCAAUGCCACUCCACCUGCCCGAGGAAGAGGUGGAAACCGACAAUCGGAUGCCGGGGACCUAUCCUCUCCACAGGUAUCAAAUCGCCCACCCACAGGUCCGGCCUCAUCCCAGGAUGAUGGUCAGCGUAACCGCCCUGCACGAGGCGGUGACUUGCUUGAAGACGCCGGUCCUGACAAUCGUCGUUCAGGGGGACGAGAUCGGAAUCGUGAAAAGGACCGUGAGCGCGAGCGUCGCGGAGAAGAGAGCGCUAACGGCGGCGGCGGUAAUCGACGUGAAGAACGUCGGAACCGUGACCCUGAUCGCGAGCGCGGUCGCCGGAGUGAUGUUGGUGGAGGCGCUGGUCGAGACAAGGAGGAUCGUGAUAAAGAGCGUCAGGGCGAGUCUCGUGAGAGCCUGCGCCGGACUAACAGCUUGCGCGAAGAGACAAGACGCCGGGACCGACGUGAUCGUGACGAAGGACCCCCCGCUGCGAGUGGCCCUGCUCCGGGCAAUGCCAAUGAUGAAGGCCGUCUUCGACCGCCGUCCUCUGUGGGGGCCCCUCCACCUCCACCACCUCCCCACCGCCUCCUCUUCCCAACGAUGAACAAGGUACCCCCCGCCGCUGGGGCUCUGGUGGUGGAGACCGAGGAAAUCGUAACGAAAACCGGGAUCGCGAACGUGAGCGCCGUGGUGACCGUGGCCGAGACCGGGAACACCGCGACAGCGGUGGCUCUGGCGGACACCGCAAGCGCGGACGUCCCAACCCCGAAGAAAUGCCCGGUGAUGGAAAUGCCCGGGGCCCGCGGAUGGGAAAUGACAACAAACGCCCUCGUCGUGGAGCGUGACAUACCCCGAUGA